ACAGUGCUGAAAGGUGGGGCUCUGCAAGGCACCUACAGACUGAAACAAUUCCACUUUCACUGGGGAUCCUGCGAAGGGCAAGGCUCCGAGCACACCGUGGAUGGAGUGAAAUAUGAGUCAGAGCUGCACUUGGUACACUGGAAUACUAAAUAUGGCAGUUUUGGUGAAGCCGUAAAGCAUUGCGAUGGUCUUGCAGUAGUUGGUGUCUUUCUAAGGGUGGGAGAGGCCAGGCCACAGUUGCAACCAGUGAUUGAUGCCUUAAAAUUAAUUCCAACAAAGGGAAAAGAGGCUCCUUUCCACAACUUUGAUCCUUCAGGGUUGCUUCCAAAUUCUCUGGAUUUUUGGACUUAUCAAGGAUCUCUGACGACUCCACCACUACUGCAGUGUGUAGUCUGGAACGUCCUAAGGGAGCCCAUCACUGUGAGCAGUGAACAGCUGUCAGCACUUCGAGGCCUUUACUUUAACGAUGAGCAUGACACUCCCUGCCACAUGGUUGACAACUAUCGUCCACCACAGCCACUGAAGGGUCGUCCCGUUCGAGCAUCAUUCCAUUAG